UCUGGCCCGCCUCAUCAGAAAAAAAAGGGAGGGCGAAAUCCCCACUCUCUCUCCCGAUCCCCGCCGCUGCCUCUCUUCCUCGCCGCCACGCCGCCGAUGCCCGACGCCGAUGGGGUGGAGGGCGCCCGAAAGCUGGCGCGCGGGGCCUUCGCGAAGCUCUCCCAGUACGAUCCCGCCGCGUCCUCCUCGCCGCCCUCCGCUCCCACGGCUGACCUUCCGCAGCUCCUCAGCUGCUGCUUCCAGCUGCUGCGUCGCCUGGACCACGCCGACCCCGGCCUGGCGGCCAGAUGCGUCAGCCUCCUCCGCGCCUUCAUCCACAGCAUCCCCUCCCGUGACCCCGACGCCUCCUUGGCCCCCGCCCUCGAGGUGUGCCUUCAGAAUUUUGUGGAUAUAAGCCAACUGAGGAAUUGCACCAUGCUCAAUGAUGCCAUACAGGAAGAACCAAGGGUCUCUACCAUGGCAAAAUCAUGCCAGUAUGAGCUCCGUGUCAGGCUGGAGCUCAUGUCCCACCAUUUCAUUUCAUCGGUGCAAGAUGAGGCGGAAUUUGAGCAGUUCUUUAGUGCGCUCUCUUGGUCUGAGAAGGCGACGCAGCGCACUCCAGAACUUGGCUUGGCUGGAGCUAUCUCCCUAGUCCGAAAGAGCUACUGGUUUUCUAUGCCUGUUAUUGCACAAGCUCAUUUUGUAUUGCUUGCAUCCAGAUGCGUUGGCAAUGGGGAUCUGAACCUGCAUUUGCAAGUGUUUGAGAAUGCCAUGCAUGCUUAUUUGAUAUACUUGCCAGAUUUGGGUGUUUUUCACAGAACUAAUGCUGCGAAGAGCCUGUUCAGUCGCUUCGCCCACAUGAAACUUCUUAAAUCUUGUAUCCAAGACGCAACUAAUCAGAAGCUAAACUGUCAGGUUAAUAGGCUGCUUUUGUUCUGCAAGGUGCACUGUGAUGAUGGCCGGCAUGUCAAAGAGAGGAAUGCCUUCGAUAUUUUUGUGAGCUUCAUUGAGGAGAACCAGCAUAUCUUUCCGGAACAAUCAAGGCAGGAAGCUGUUAUUGUUGUGAAGAAAAUAGUGUCAAAUAUCCUGGGUUGUGCUAAGCAGAAGGAGACACAUGAAUCGGAUGCUAACGUUUCAGAGGAGAUGAUCUACCUUGCUGCUGUACUUAGGCUAAUGGGUUCCUCUUUUCUAGAGGUUCUUCGCUCUAUUAGGGAAAUGAGGGCUGCAGGUGACAGGCAUCAUGAAAAUCAUAUAUUACUUCGCAUAUCUGAAACCAUCGGCUUACUUGGGCAAUAUGAAGCUAAUGGACUUAACAUACAUGACUUAUUUGGUAUGGCUGAGAAGUCUGUUGACAAGGAAACCACCUCAGUGCUGAUGCUUUUUCAUUUUGCUAGCCUAUUUGCCUUAUGUUUAAGAAUGAGGUUUGGUUUUCUGUGGAAAGCUUGCAUUGUCAUGAUCAUGAUGGCCAUGAAUCUUGUGAUUGAUGAAGAUAGAAGUCUGAGUGCAUUUCAGUUUCUUAUUGCUUCAAAAGAGCUUGCGAUCUAUUCAAUUGACCAAGAGGAUAGUUUGAAGGGUUCUGCUUGUAGAAAAUCUUCUACAUCAAUAGCUUUGCAGUACACUAACGUGCAUAAACGUUGUAUUCAAGAUGAGGCGGGGCCUGAUUGUGUCGAGGACAGCAGGGGUAAAACUGUAGACGGAACAGCCUUUUUCGAGUCCAUUCUGGGAAACAAGAACUCCUCCGAGUGGGGUGAUUUGGUGGAUUAUGUUGAAUGCGAAGAUGGCAUGGAUUAUGCAAGUUGGCUGACGCAGCACAGGAAAUUCAAGGAGUUUAGGGAUGCCAAAUGGAUGAGCAGCAAGCGACCCAGCGCGGACAUGUCAGAGAUAAAGAGGGAAUACGGUGCCAGUAAAAGUAAAAGACUGAAGAAGAAGGCCUCGCGGUGAGUCUUCUCUGGGUGAUUGCAUGGAUUGGGGCCUGAAGAACAGACCGCGAUACCACGGGAGAACAGUGACGCUCACCAUGGAGCCUUGUGUAUAUAUAGUUGUUAUGGGCUCCUUUUAGGGAAAGACCUAGGGAUAGUUUGUUUUGCUGAAGUGCUGAUUAGUGGAUCGUUUUUAACCGUUAAUAUCUGUGCUGUACUCUCCUGAAGCUUGGCAUGUAUCCGUGUCUGUCUGUUGAAAUGUAUCUCUGUGCCGUACAAGCUGGAUAUUACUGCCCCCACUCUAGAUCUGAGAUUUGUAAGUUGGAUUA